GUCACCAACGCGACUCGUGAGCUCAUCACGUGCGACGCUUUGUUUUGAAAAGUUACCGGUGGUGCCUGAACAUACGAUCAACAUGUUUGGCAUUAGAAACGCGUAGCGGUCAUAAUGCCAAAAGCCCUGAAAAAGUCGGGUGCCUCUCAAACGUCCAUCAGCAGGUACUUCGGAGGACUUGGCAGCAGCGCCUUCAAAACGCAAACGGGUCGUGAUCACCCGAAAGGCAAGAAGCGCGUCCCCCAGCACUCGGAUGACGAACUCCCUUCCAAGCAAGCCAGGCUCUCCCUGCAGGUGGAUGAUGGAGGUCUUGACACAGCACCCACUCGCAGAUCUGCAGAGCAAAAACCGUCCUUAAACAAAGGACCAGUGGGAUUGUGCCCUUCCACCUUGGAGAGGCUGAAAGGCUUCAGCUGCACGAAUGAGCCCAGUGGUGGGAACUGCGUUAUUGUGACUCAUGUGAAGGAGGCAGGCAGGGAUCGUCAUGGCUCUCCUGCUAAUGUCCAAAGUCAACACAGCAAUGAUGACCAGCUCAUGGAGAAUGAGGGAGAACAGCAUUCAACCCAGACACUCUGCUUUUCUCAAUUUGCCAAGCGAGGAGGAAAUGCGUCGGAGGUCAGUUUUCCAUCAGACAGGCGCUCAAAGAGUGUGUACACUCCUCUGGAGCAGCAGGUCAUCCAGCUGAAACAGCAGUACAAGGACGCCUUGUUAGCUGUGGAGUGUGGAUACAAAUACAGGUUUUUUGGAGAGGAUGCAGAGAUUGCAGCAAAGGAGUUGAAUAUCUUCUGUCACCUGGACCAUAACUUCAUGACGUGCAGCAUCCCCACACAUCGAUUAUUUGUGCACGUCAGGCGACUGGUGUCCCACGGGCACAAGGUGGGUGUCGUCAAGCAGACCGAGACUUCUGCCAUCAAAGCAUCAGGGGUCAAUAAGAACACUUUGUUUAAACGGCAACUAAGUGCACUCUACACCAAGUCCACGCUGGUGGGAGAAGAUGUCAACCCAGUGCGCAGUGCAGACGACGUGACGGAGGGCGGGAGUCAGGAUGCCAUGUCGGAGCCUCCUGACAGCAUCCUGUUAUGUAUCAGUGAAAAUUGGGACAAGUGGAAGAAGCAGCUGACUGUUGGGCUGGUGGCAGUUCAACCCAGCACAGGAGAAGUGCAGCUGGAUUCUUUUCCUGACGGUCAUUCUCGCUCUGAACUGGAGAGCCGUGUCUUGAAGAUAAACCCUGUAGAGAUCCUGGUGCCCUCUGACCUCUCAGCACAGACUCAUAAACUGUUGCAAAGCAUCAGCAAUGCCAGUACUCAGGCUGACGACAAAGUGCGUGUUGAAAAGAGGGACAGCACCCAGUUUGAGUUUGCUUCUGCAAUGAACACAGUCACUGAAUUCUAUUGCCACAAUCAGGUUGAAGGUUGUCGCUCUCUAUCUAAUGUGGCAUCAUUAGAGAGCCCAGUGAUCUGCUGUUUGGGUCCUCUCAUCCAGUACCUCCAAGAGUUCAACUUGGAGAGAGUGCUUAGAAGUGAAAGCUACUUCCAACGUCUGACGAGUGAGUCACAGGGAAUGAUCCUCAGUGCGUCCACCCUCAGGAACCUGGAAGUCCUUAACAAUCAGACAGAUGGUGGUGUGAGGGGCAGUCUGCUGUGGGUGUUGGACCACACGCGCACUCCAUUUGGGAGGAGGCUCAUGAGGAAGUGGGUGACUCGUCCUCUUACAGACCCACAGUCAAUCUCGGAACGGCAGGAUGCUGUGCAGGAAAUCCUGGAGUCUGAUUCUCUCACAUUAAACUCCGCAAAAUCCCUGCUGGUGCAUUUACCUGAUCUGGAGAGAGGCAUUUGCAGCAUUUUCAACAAAAAGUCCUCCACGCAGGAGUUUUACCUCAUCAUCAGCAGCCUUUGCUGCCUGGCACUAGAACUGCAGGCCCUGCUACCAGUUAUUCGAGCGCAGGUCCAAUCCGGGCUCAUUCGAGGUCUCCUGCUGGACACUCCAGACCUUUUAGCACCGGCCCACGGCUUCCUCGGCGUGCUCGACGAAAAGGCAGCCAAGUGUGGGAAUAAGACAGAACUCUUCUCCGAUCUGUCAGCUUUCCCGCUGCUGCGGGAAAGAAGAGAGCAAAUACAGGAAGUUCUACUACAGAUUCAGAAUCAUCGCAGAGAUGUCCGACUUGUCCUGAAAGCCCCUGCCCUCGAUUAUAUCACUGUGUCAGGACAGGAGUUUCUGAUUGAAGUGAAGAACUCGCAGUCCUCCAUUGUCCCUUGUGACUGGGUCAAAGUCAGCAGCACCAAGUCAGUCAGCAGGUAUCAGUCUCCAUUUGUGGUGGAGCACCACAAGAAGCUGCUGAAGCUCCGUGAGCAGCUGCUGCUGGACUGCCAGAGGGAGUGGACCAAUUUUAUGGAUCAGUUUGGGGAGCACUAUCACACCAUCAAAAGGGCCAUUAGUCACCUAGCAACCAUGGACUGUCUCUUCUCAUUGGCUGAGGUGGCCAAACAUGGGGACUAUUGCAGGCCAGAAGUGUCAGACAGUGAGCAUCAGAUUGUGAUCAAGGAUGGCAGACACCCUGCUAUAGACCUACUAAUAAGAGGGCAUGGCCAAUAUGUGCAAAAUGAUACGCAACUACAGGCUGAUGGAAAAAGAACAAUGAUCAUCACUGGUCCUAACAUGGGGGGAAAGAGCUCAUACAUCCGCCAGGUUGCCCUGAUCUGUGUUAUGGCCCAAAUUGGCUCCUACGUGCCCAGCUCUGAGGCCCGGCUGGGUAUUUUAGAUGGCAUAUACACCAGAAUGGGAGCGUCAGACAACAUUUACAAAGGUCGCAGCACCUUCAUGGAGGAACUGAGUGAAGCCUCAGAAAUGAUUUCACAUGCGACUCAGCGUUCCCUGGUCAUCUUGGACGAACUCGGCCGAGGAACCAGCACCCAUGACGGCAUUGCCAUCGCCUAUGCUACUCUUGACCAUUUCAUCAGAGUUGUGAGGUCUUUCACUCUCUUUGUGACUCAUUACCCCCCUUUGUGUGAGCUGGAGCGGCUGUAUCCACAACAUGUGUCCAACUACCACAUGUCUUUCCUCCUCAAUGACCCUGAUGAACCCACCGAGAUUGAAGAUGGAGAGGUUCGUCCUGAAUUUAUUACUUUCCUGUACCAACUGAGCGAAGGAGCCGCUGACCGAAGUUACGGCCUUAAUGUGGCCCGCUUGGCUGACAUCCCAGAGUCAAUACUCCUCACUGCGGCCCUCAAGGCCCGAGAGCUGGAGGACGCUGUCAAUUCCCGAAGGAGGAAGAAAUUACUUUCUGAGUUUUGGAACAUCUCGGACAAAUCCUCUCUCAGCGAGUGGCUGCGGUCCAACUUCUGACACCCUUUCAGGAUCCUAAACACACCAGAUUAAAAAAGUGUGAAGAUGUUUCUUUUUUUUUUCGCUCCUCAGGUUGUGUUUUGUGUACUGUAGGAUCUUGUAAACAUUUGAAAUGAUUGUUGUCAUGGAAGUGAGAACUUUAGCACUUGCUGUCGUGUCAAAUGCUUUGAAAAGAGAAGAAUGAAUGGAGGAGUGAAAAAUAUAUGGUAGUCAUAACUACAAGCUCUCCGGAACACAUUGACUGCCAUUGGCAACGAUAGAUGUCCAGUCCAUUUGGACUGGGAAAGCUGGCAGUCAUUUUUUGAUUGCCUAAAAACUGUACUCAAAGCUGUCUGUGAUGCAUUUUUGUUGAAUUCAUUAAGUUUCUCUUUAUCGAGCAUCAUUUGGCCCUCAGUGAGAAUUAAUUCGGGAACCCUGGUGUAGAUACUGAGACGGGCUAAACGCCACUUUUUAACUUUGUCAGCUCCUUUUAAAAAAUGUUUCAUGAUAAGAAAACCAUCAAUGUGUACUUUUUAGACUGUGUUUUUGGCGUAUUUGAUUAACACAAAACCGUAUACUGUACAAAACACUACUGUACUGUAUCUCCUCUGCCAAUUGAAUCAGGUUUAGUACUGAGAUUGACCUGUGAGUGGCACCAAGGUGCCACAGGACGGCCAGAAAAUAGAGCAAAUUUCAAUAAAUAAAUUUAAAAAAAAAAAAACAACAACAACAAUAUUGCAGUAUUAUGUUAUUAUUAAUAUUUAAAGCAACUUUACUGGUAGAGCACCUUUCACAGAAUGGUGUUACAAACUGCUUUAUAUAUGUGUAAACACACGCAAACACUAAUGGUCUGCUACUGUCAUGCAAGGCAACUGCUAGAUCCACUGGGUGAAGUGUUUUGCAUAAGAAAACAAUGACAAUGUACUCAAACGGGAGCUUGAGUCAAACCCCCGAUCCUUCGAUUAAUAGACAACACGCUUAACCACCUGCGCUACCAAAGAAUAGACGAAUGAGCAAACAAAAUGGAAAAUACAUCAUUAAAUACACACUAUCGUGAUCUGACUGUAUUUUCUAGAGAACACAAUGUCACCAUUUGGGGUGUGACAUAUCGAAAUAGUGAUAUAUCGCAAUAAUUUGUAUCUCAAAAGGUUAUCCAUAUGUUCCUGCCAAGAAUCGAUACCUUUUUAAAAUUGUAUUAGUGUUUCAAAAAAAAAAAAAAAACAGGAACCACUGGUUGCUACCAAAAUAUUCCAUUAGAAUGGUGUCUAUAGCUCACUGGCACCCGUUGACGACUCUAGACAUCCAAUUCAUUUUGACUUGAUAGGAUGUCUUGUGCUGUCAAUGGCACUGAAACCAGAUUCACCUCCUGUGGGUUUUUACAGCUCACUUCUUGUUGAAUUUGGGGAUUUGCAGGUCAAUUCUUGUUGGUCUUGAGUCACUUCCUGUUCAUUUGGGGACAUCCCUGGGUUACUUCCUGUUUUAUAACCCAAAAUCUGAAAAAAUUGACCCAUAAAUGCCCCAAAAUUAACAUGAAGUGACUCAGAAUUGCCUUAAAACCAUAAGGAAAUGUUCGAAUUAUGCUGGAACUGACUUCGGAAUGCUCCAAAAUGUACAGGAAGUGACCCACAAUCAACAGGAACUAACGCAGAAAUGCCUCAAAAUUCACUCAUUGGCUGUCAUUGACAGAACAUUCCUUCAUUGGCUCCCGCUUCAAACUGAUCCGGUUUAUACUAGUGAUAAACUCAUUGAAAUUCACAGAAGAAAGUUGAAGAGAGCUUGUUUUUCUUGUUGUACUGUAGAAUAAUUUCCUGACCCAUGUAUCAAUAAAUGUUCUAUCGCCACAUUGUGAGAUCAUCGUUAUCAUAAGCCUUGUAUCGCAAAUCAUAUUAUGAGCUGCCCACAGGUUCCCAACACUAGUCCCCACAUGGUGUUCUCUGGUAAGUGACUUAGUAACCUGCAGCCUAAGUCAUUUUGCACAGAGUAAAGAUGAUACAAGUGAGUAAGAUUGUCUGUUUACAUGAGCUGAUUGAGCAUUUGUGUUCAAAUUUAAUGUUGCUUCAAGGGUUAUACUUAAAACACUGUGACAAUCACUUUAUUUUUGUUAGAUUUCUACAGCAUUUUGCUUGGGUCUUUAAAAAUCGUGACUUAUCCUGAAAAAACUGCACAUUUUAUUCUUUUUGUUGUAAUCUGCUGGCGCAUUGUUAAAACAAAUAAAAAUAAGAGCAGCAAUUUCCAGCAAUCCCAAAUGGUCCAAAGACAUACUGUUCUCUGAUUACAUCCAGUCUUAAGCAAUAACAAAAACAAAGAAAGAGAUACUGUAAUAUCAACCAGAAAUUGCAUUGUCCUCAGAUAUUACUUGAGUUGCAGAGGUGUUUUGUUGGAAAAUGC